AUGCAGGUGUUCACAUUCGGAUGGAGAGAGGACAUCCGGGUGGGCGACCCCAUGCACACUAAGAAAGUCUGUUUCGAUGCCGUUUCACACAACAGCCCCGUCACCCUGUACGACUGUCACGGCAUGAAGGGCAACCAGCUGUGGCGCUACAGAAAGGAUAAGAGUCUGUAUCACACGGUCAGUAACAGUUGUAUCGACUGCAGCCCCAACGAGCGGCGAAUCUUCAUGAACACGUGUGACCCCUCCGCCCCCACGCAGCAGUGGGUUUUUGAGAAGACCAACUCCACCGUGUUGGAACAAUUCGACCGGGGAGGCAAAUGAGGCCCUGCAGCAUCCACGAAAAAACUCCUGACGCACACAGACGUGGAUCUGCUGCUGCUGCUGGGAAAUGGGGUUUUACAUUCAUUUGGUUCCCCGUUUACCUGAAGGUGGCAGCUGUUUCUCUUAGGGUCACACAGACUGAGGCAUGAUGGGAUACCGUGAGGGAAGUUGUUUAAACACAUCAGUCAGAGGGAAGACGGAGUUGAGCUUUGAUAGAUGGGUGUGUGUUUAAAAGUGAUUUAGUGUGAGAUGUAUUUGCUCUGUCACGGCGUUGCUGUGGCGGUUGGUUUGUCUCACUUCCUGAUUUGGCUGGUGAUUGGUUAUCCCUCCUCCCUUUUCUUCAUUCCCUUUUGUUUUAAAAUGUUCUCUGCCUUUAUCCGUUGCCUUUCUGUUCCCUUGCACAGUUUUUUAUUCUCAAUUUUCUCUGUCUAUCCACCUUUAUCCGCUGACUCCAUCUCUUUCUCCUUCUGUCUCUUCUGGUCCGCCUCCGCCUGCACCUCCGUCUCUAUCUGCCUGCAUGACUGCACCUUUUCCAUUCUUCCCUCUCAAAUCCCCUUAUGUCUCUCCAGCUCUGACAACCUCCCUGGGGGGGUGGGGAGGUGGCUGCUCCAGCUGAGCCAAAGUCAUCCUGACACCUGGGUGAAGCCAGGCAGAACCACUCUGAAAAUCACCUGGUGAAUUGAUUUUCUUUUACAACCCUCAUCCACCUUCUGUUCCCUCCUUCCCCUCGUGCCCCCUGCUCCCCUCCCCCCCACCAACUCUCUGUGGCCACUGUGGGGCCCGAGCUGCUCUGAAUGUAGCAGGUGGAAAAAGAAAGUAGAACAGCGACCUCUUUAAUGCCCCUCAUGCCUUUUUUUUCCUCUGUUCUGAACUUUGCUGGCUGUAUUUAUUGAGGACUCGUCCGCGGGUUUUCACUGUGCCACUUCUUCUUUUAUUCCUCGGAUGCGAGCACUAUCCAAUGCCGGGGGUUUGUUCAGGCCAACUCUUGCUGGCUAAGGGAUUGUUUGUUGUGAGGGGGGUGGUGGUGGAUGCUGUCACACCUCUUUGAGUCCCCGUCCCCCCCCUCUGCUUCCUGUUCGCCCUUUGCUUCUCCCCCGCACGACUCAUGCUGAUCAGUCGCCGGAACGACCCCGUCACAUUCUGCCGAGCGCAGGGUCGCGGCGCAAAAGCAGCGGGUGGGACUGCAAAAUGGACGCCUGCCUGGCUGGAUGACUGGCUCUGUGAUUGUCAGGCCAGCUGAUUCACAGCAGGGCCGCACGAUUGGCCGGCUGCCGAGCUGACACAUCACUUUAGCGUUCAGGGAGACGAAUAGGAGAAUCACUCUGGAUAGGCUCGCUGAGGUAGCUCUGGGAUUGAGACGAAUGGGGGGUUUAAAAUGCAUUAAGCACUUGUGUAAUGAUAAACUUGAAUGAAAUCUUCGUGCCUUGUUGGAAGAGGAUUAGAUAGGUGUGUGUAUUUUCUGAAAAAGUGUGUGUGUACGUAUGUGUGUGGGCCAAAUAUGUCUACAUCAGCAUAGAAAACAAUUCAAUCUAUUCAGGAUGUGACUUUUUCUUGAAAACUAAGAAUCUUUACAUCAAAAAACUUCUCUUGAAUCUCAUUUCAAAUGAAAGAUGAGUUGACCUCGACUCUGGUGCUGGGCAUUGAGGGUGCCUCUGGCUUUGUGAGCCUUAUAUGGCUCUCUCAAUGAACACACAUGUAACUUCUGGCUGUGAAUAGAGCUAAAGAGACUUAGUUUCCCGCCACAUUUUCCUCCUGCCUUGAAACUAUUAGCCCUAAGAAGACCCGUGUAAUCACUAUACGAUGCUGUUUUGUUGUUUUCCCACCUGUUCAAUCCAAAGUACUUUUAUGGGAAAGGGAAUUGUUGGUUACUACAUUUUUUUUUACCCUAUUGUUUUUCUUUCUGUUUUAAUUCAAUGUUAUGUUAUAAUUUAAACCUGUGAUUUAGCUGAUUAGUUUCCUGCUGAACGUGAUUUCCUGGCAUUUCCUGGUCUGUCGCCUGCACCCAUUCUCUAAUCUGGUUUCGUGAAAAAGAACAAUGUACAGUAGGGCUGCACGAUAUCGGAAAAAACUGACAUUGCGAUUUUUUUCCCCCCUGCGAUAUAUAUUGCGAU